AUGGCCGGCAGUCUGACCCACCACGGCUCCCCGAACCCGGGAUACACCGCCAAUAACAACGCGGUUCCGGUCCCGGUCCCGGUCCCAGCCCCGGCACUGGCACCGGCGCCAGUCCUUACUCAGACCAACUCUAGGGAUAAGUGGAGCAAAAAGAUGGAUUUUCUCCUCUCUGUAAUUGGCUUUGCAGUGGACCUGGGAAAUGUUUGGAGAUUUCCCUACGUUUGCUAUCAAAACGGUGGCGGUGCUUUUCUUAUUCCAUACAUUUUGAUGGCCAUCUUUGGUGGUGUGCCACUUUUUUACAUGGAGCUGGCACUGGGACAGUUCCAUCGCACUGGAGCCAUUUCUAUAUGGAAACACAUUUGUCCCAUUUUCAAAGGUAUAGGAUAUGCCAUUUGUAUCAUCGCUCUGUAUGUGUCCUUCUACUACAACACCAUCAUCGCCUGGGCCCUCUUCUACUUCUACUCCUCUUUCUCCAGCAUCCUGCCUUGGACAAACUGUGACAAUGUGUGGAACACCCCUGACUGCACCAACUACUUUGGCAUCGACAACGUCACUUGGACCAAUGCCUCCAGGUCUCCGGCAGAGGAAUUUUACACGAGGAAUGUUCUGGAGAUCCACAAGUCGUCAGGUCUUAAAAAUGUUGGGGGUGUUCGCUGGCAGUUGAUGCUCUGCCUUUUCCUCAUAUUCACCAUUGUUUACUUUAGCCUGUGGAAGGGCGUGAAGACUUCAGGGAAGGUCGUGUGGGUUACAGCCACCUUGCCCUACAUAGUGCUUUUCAUCCUUCUUAUUAGAGGAGCCACCCUGCCCGGUGCCUGGAGAGGAGUGGUGUUUUACCUGAAACCACAGUGGGGGAAGCUACUGGACACUACUGUGUGGGUUGAUGCAGCAGCUCAGAUCUUCUUUUCUCUGGGACCGGGCUUUGGGGUGCUGCUGGCCCUGUCCAGCUACAACCCUUUCACAAAUAACUGCUAUCGUGACGCCAUUGUGACCAGUUUGGUGAACUGUCUGACCAGCUUUGUGUCGGGGUUCGUGAUCUUCACUGUGCUGGGCUACAUGGCGGAGAUGAGGCAGGUGGAGGUAGAGGAGGUAGCCAGGGAUAAAGGACCAAGUCUGCUCUUCAUCACCUACCCAGAAGCCAUUGCAAACAUGAUGGGCUCAACCUUCUUUGCCAUCAUCUUUUUUACGAUGAUGAUUACACUGGGACUGGACAGCACGUUUGGUGGGCUGGAGGCGAUCAUCACUGCCGUGUUGGAUGAAUACCCAGAUCUUUUGUCAAACAGACGUGAACUUUUUGUACUGGGCUUGGUAAUUGUCUGCUUUGUGGGCUCUCUAAGCACCCUUACAAAUGGUGGUGCCUAUGUGGUGAAACUGCUGGAGGAAUUUGGAGUUGGAAGCUCCAUCAUAGCUGUGGGUUUCCUUGAGGCCAUAGCAGUGUCCUGGUUCUAUGGUAUCAACAGGUUUAGCAAUGAUGUCAAGGCUAUGCUGGGUAAAGCUCCGGGGUUGUUCUGGAGGGUGUGCUGGGUCGCCAUCAGUCCAGCAUUUCUAGCAUAUAUAAUAGUGAGCUCCCUGCUGAAGGCACCGCCCCUCACACUGUUUGACUAUAAGUACCCAGACUGGAGCAUCACAGUGGGAUACAUCGUGGGCUUCUCAUCCUUCAUGUGGAUCCCCAUCUACAUGGUCUACAAGCUGGUGUGGACUCCUGGAUCUCUCAAACAGAGGUUGGCAGUGUGUCUAAGACCAGAAAGGACCAUACCAGACAUCCAUGCGGACAACCUCACCAUGGUUACGGUACCAUAGAGGGAAAAGCACCUUAACGCAUGAAAACCACACUCGACUACUCCCCUGCUAGAAGUUUAGUUUUUUCUUUCAGCCCUCAGCUUCAAGUGAUUUGUGACACAACCUGACAGUCGUCUGACAUCAUGACUGUUACCUGCUUACAAUGUUAAACAUGUCAGCUGUUAAAGCACAUGUACACUCUGUAAAAAUAGUAAAUGCUGCUACAUUUUUUACCCCAAGAGGAGCUGACAUAGCAAUACUCACACCUUACUGUUUGGUCUGUGUAUUUAAAUCUACAGUGCAUGUGUCACCAGACAGUAUGUAGCCUUUAUAUGAUCCCAUGAUUCAUAUUUUAUUUUGAUACAAUUGUAGGAGUCACAUUUGUUUAAUACGUUGCUUCUUUCCCCUUCAAGAACAACAUGCCAAGGAAAAUAAAAACAUAUUUCUUUAUGUA